AUGAUUUGGAUAUUGAACGUUCAACAACGCCAAAUUCACAGCAACAUUUACGUCCGUGUGAAAGAGGAGGUGGAGGAGGAGGUUUUUUUACAUUUUCAAAUUAAAAUUUUUUUAAUUUUUGGUGAAAUUGAGCACGAAUUGGAAGACGAAAUGAGAAAAAGAAAAAUAUCAGCUUCUUCUACUGCUACAAACAAUAUUGCAGUUGUUGCUUCUAGUACUUCUCCUGGUCCUUUCAAUUUGGGGCAAAUUUUGGCAAAAUAUGGUUAUGUUCCUAGAGCGACAUUUCGUCCAAAUAUUCCUCCACCAACUUCUUCUGUCCUUCCACCUUUACAACCAACGACUACUGGAAUUGGAACUUUAUUGAAUGGAUUGCCACAACCAACUUCUUAUUUUACACAACCAAUUUUACGAAAUGAUAUUUGUUAUACACCUGAACAACUUGACCUUGCUUUAUUUUUACAACAACAACAACGUUAUCCAUUUCGAAGAAUACAGCAACAGCUUUUUCAAGAUGCUUUAACUUUUGAAAAUCAAAAUAUUUAUGAGGUUUGUGGUAUGGUUGGUAGUGAAUGUUGUAAUAGUGAUGAAGAGGAGGAAGAAGAAGAAGAUGGAAAUGGAAAUGAGGAGAAGGAGAAGUGUGAGGAAGAGGGAAAAUGUGAGGAAGAAGAAGGAAAAGAUGAGGAGGAGGAUGAGAAAGAAAAUGAUGAAAAUCAAGAAGCAGUUCCUCAACUUCAAGUUCCUCAACUUUUAUUAAAAAAUGUUGGACAAAAUGAAAAUAUUAUUCGACAACAAGCAAAAGAAACUGGUGUUGAAGUUUCACCUGUACUCGUGCCAAGCUCUAUCCCAAGAAUUACUGAUGAUCCGCGAAUUAAUGGAAAAGGAGCCUCAUCGAUAUCUAACAAUCAAGUAACAACAACAGCAGCAGUUAUUAAUAGACGCAUAUCUUCUCCUCCACCACAAACUCCAAUUGCCGGUGGUGGCGGUUUUAAAGGAUUUCAACGUCAAGAAAGUGUUGAAGCUUAUCAACUUGCUAUGGCUGCAAAUGGAUUGAAUAAACAAAAACGGCAACAUUUUGAAGAAAAUAAUGAGGGAAUUGAGAAGGAAAUUAAUGAAAGAUCGCAAAAAUCUGUAAGAGCAAAUUCAAUUGAACAGAAAAUUCCAAAAAGUUUGUUAAAUUCUUAUGGUCUUAGACGUUCUGAAGGUCCUCCUUUACAACAACAAUCAUCUUUGUCUUCUCAAACUUGUAAUAUUCAACAAUUGUGUCCUCUUAGUGAAGCUACAAUAAGUUUGAAUUGGCGACAACAUGAAGCUGGUAAUACUAAUAAAUCAAUAAAACAACAACAAAAACUAUCAGGUUUCUAUUUGAAUUGAAAAUUUAUUUGAAAAAAUUGUAUUAUGAUCGUUAACAACCGGUAAAAUUUUUGCCUGUAGCGGCAUAAAUAGAAGGUAUGGUGCCAUAAUAGGAA